CGCCGCCCGCUGCCGCUACCCCUCAUCUUGCCUGCAGCCAAGGAUCUGCGCCACCUGCUGCGCGCCGCCGAGGUGUCCCAGGAACCCAUGGGGCAGACGCAGCCGCACCCGUACGCCGGAUGUGUGCUGGUCAGCAGCGAGGGGGUGCCGCUGGCAGAGGCGUCGCAGUGGGCCCAGCAGGGCACCGAGGCGCCAGAGUGCGCGGCGGCGCGGCAGGCGGGCGGCGCCGCAGCCGGCGGCACCGCCUACCUCAACCUGGAGUGCGGCGACUGCCACGGCGACCGCGCGGCGGUGGAUGCGCUGGCUGGGGCGGGCGUGGCGCGGGUGGUGGUGGGCAUGCGCCACCCGCUGCCCCACCUGCGAGGCACGGCCCUGGCCCAGCUGCGGGCCGCGGGGCUGCGGGUGGCGGUGCUGGGGGAGGCCCCCUGCGGCGCGGGGGUGGCUGGGGAGGAGGCGGAGGCGGCGUUGGAUGCGUGCCUGGCCGCCAACGAGGCGCUGCUGCACCGCGCCGUCAUCAAGCGCCCCAUGGGCCUCCUCAAGUACGCCAUGACCCUGGACGGCAAGAUUGCCACCCACACCGGGCACAGCGCCUGGGUCAGCAGCGCGCAGUCGAGGCAGCGCGUGUUUGAGACGCGCGCGCGCUCAGACGCGGUCAUCGUGGGCGGCUGCACAGUGCGCCGCGACAACCCGCAGCUGACGACGCGGCGCGAGGGCGGCCACCAGCCCAUGCGCAUCGUCAUGAGCCGCACCCUGGACCUGCCCGCCGAGGCCAAGCUGUGGGAUGUCAGCCACGCGCCCACAGUGGUGGCCACGCAGCGGGGCGCGCGCCGCGACUUCCAGGACGCGCUGCGGCGGCGGGGGGUGGAGGUGCUGGAGUUUGACUUCCUCACGCCAGACGCGGUGGCCAGGUACUGCUACGACCGCGGCUUCCUGCAGUGCCUGUGGGAGUGCGGCGGCAUGCUGGCGGCGCCCGCCAUCGCCACCGGCGCCAUCCACAAAGCCAUGGCAUUUGUGGCGCCCAAGCUGAUCGGCGGCAGUCGCGCCCCCACGCCCGUGGGCGACCUGGGGUUUGUGGAGAUGACGCAGGCGCUGCCUCUGUCGGAGGUGCGGUGGCAGCAGGUGGGGCCAGACCUCAUGCUCACCGGCUACUUGCCCCACGGGCGGGCGCCGCGCCACCCCGGCUCCAGGCUGGCGCCAGCUGGCGUGGCAGAGUUCUACAAGGCCUGGGACCGCUACGGCUGCUUCAGCAACUUCUCGCCGCACGCCAUCAGCAUGCCAGAGGGCGCCAUGACGCCAGCACGUGCCCAGCAGCUGCACCAGCAGGCGCAGCAGGCGCAGCAGCAGCAGCAGGCGUGCGGCGGCGGCCAGGCGGCGGGGCUGCACCGCUGGCCCUCCACCGAGCACUACUACCAGUCCCAGAAGUUUGCUGGGGUGGCUCACCCCGAGGCGCAGGCACUGGUGGCGGCCAUUGCAGCUGCCAGGAGCCCCGAGGAGGCGGCCAGGCUGGGGCGGCGCGCUGAGCGCCAGCGGCAGGACCUGCUGCGCCCAGACUGGGCCGCCAGCAAGCCAGCCGUCAUGCUGGCCGCACUGCGAGCCAAGUUUACGCAGCACGACGGGCCCCGCCGGGUGCUGCUGGCCACGGCACGCAACUGCGGCGGCAGAGGGUGCGACGGCGGCACGGCCGCCAGCGGCGGCGAGCACCUGGGGCUGGAGAUUGUGGAGACCUCGCCCAACGACUUCUUCUGGGGCCGCGGCUACAACGGCACAGGCAGCAACAUGCUGGGCAAGCUGCUGAUGCAGGUGCGGCGAGAGAUGGCGGAGCAGGCGCAGCAGCCGGCGAAGCAGCCGCAGCAGCCCGCAGAGGCCCAGCAGCAGCCGCACCUGGCGCGGCGGCGGCAGCAAAAGCAGCAGCAAGGGCAGCCGCCAUUGGCAGCGGCGCAGAAGGCUGUGCCCGACUGCUGCCUGCGACCUGUUGGCUUCUCCGCUCUGUUCCCAGGCACUCCCUUGCUGUAUUGCUCGCCCCUGUGUGAACUCCCAAAGUUAGUAGUGUUUACCCCAGGGAGGCACAAAGUAUCACUGCGUGUACUACACUAG